GUUUUUCUGUACAUUCAAGGCGGCAUAUUCCACAGCUGCCAACAUGCUUCAGCACCUGUACAGACAGCUGAAUGCAGCUGUAGAUGCCAGCACCCUCCUCCUGGCCCUGUGCACCUUUCUAGCCGUGUUCCUCAGCUACAAGCUGUUUCUCAAGCCGCUGUACUUUUCUCCACUCAGGGUUAUGCCGAGUGCCAAAUUCAUCCCUAUUGUUGGUCAGAUAUGGGACAUAAACCGUCAGCAAGCUAUUGUCUCAGAUCUCAGAAGAGCCCGGAAACUUGGCCCCAUAUCCAGGUAUUUUGUGACGUUUGGAGAAGAGCGAGUCAUGAUAGCUGAUCCCGACGCCAUGAAACACAUCCUGGUCACUAACCAUGCCAACUAUGUACGGCCAUAUCUAUUGCGAAGUGCAUUCGCUGCUCUUGCAGAGAAAGGACUGCUGGCCGUCAGUGGUACUGAACACGCCAUGCAAAGGAAAAUUCUAAACCCUGCAUUCAAACGGGAAAACCUCAAAGGAAUGGUGAAAACAUUUCAGCAAUGGACUGAGGUGGUGGUGCAGUACUGGAAUGACAAGCUAGAGGGCACCACUACCAGCGAUGGGUUUGCAGAACUCCCAGUUCAGGACGACAUCGGGAGACUGACCCUGGACAUCAUUGGUGAAUGUGCCUUUAGUUAUGAGUUCAACUCCAUCAGAGAACCCGACAGGCUCGUCAACCAAAGUGUCACCAGACUGUUACAAGACUCAGGGGCAAGUUGGAUAACGGUCGUCACUGCGGGUAGCGUCUUUGUGGCGACUAAAGAGUUUCUCAAGCUGCGGGGUCUGUGUGAACGGAUAGUGGAUGACGUCAUUGCAGAAAGGAAACAACUCCAAGAAAAUCCAGAACAAGCUGAUGACGACGCCCCCAACGACCUCCUGAGUCUGGUGAUGAUGGCUCGGGACAGAGACACGGGGGAGGGGCUUCCUGAGGAGGUCAUCAGACACGAGGUCAUGACCUUCAUGGUGGCCGGACAUGAGACGACCAGUGCAGGACUGGCAUGGCUACUACUGGAGCUGUCACGUCAUCCGGACAUACAAGACCGCCUGAGGUCAGAGGUCAGGGAUGUGUUGCCUAGCGACGACACGCCCAUCACCUGGGACCUCCUGGACCAAAUCCCCUACCUGAUGUGGGUGGUGAAGGAAACCCUGAGGCUGCACCCACCUGCCCCUCAGACAUUCAGACAGGCACUGAAGGACGACCGCGUGGGGCAGUACCCCAUCCCUGCAGGCACUAUUGUCAAGAUGAGCCCCGCAGUCAUCCACAGGUUGUCUGAGUACUGGGAAGAUCCGGACACCUUUAAACCGGAACGAUUCGCCGGCGACGCCAACAACAGAAACCCUUACACGUUUCUCCCGUUCAUCGCCGGCCCUCGGACGUGCAUCGGCAGUAAGUUCGCCCUGGCGGAGAUGCGAGCUGUCACGGCGGUGCUGGUUCAACAUUUCCAGUUCCAUCCGGUUCCAGGGGUGGAGUGCAAGAAUAAACACGGGAUUACCAUGAGACCAGAGCCAGAUCUGUGUCUACGUGUGAGCAAGGCACCGGCAUGAUAUGGAAAUAUUCCUGCCAUG